AUAGGUUCCAACUCAAGAGAGAAAGAAGAGAAAGAACUGAUGGCUUUGGUUGGAGAAGCAUUGAUUUCUGCUUCAGUGCAUAUUCUGGUCGAGAAGAUUAUGUCCCCAGAAUUUAGACAUUUGUUCUGCAGCAAGGAACUCGAUCCUUUAAUUAUGAAUAAGCUAAAAACAACACUGUUGACCCUCCAAGCUGUGUUAAAUGAUGCUGAGGAGAAGCAAAUCACGAAUCCUGCAGUCCAAGACUGGCUUCAUGAACUCAGAGAUGUUGUUUAUGAUGCGGACAACUUGGUGGAUGUAAUCAACACAAGGGUCUUGCAACAAAAGGUAGAAGCUGACUCACAAACUUUUAGUUACCACAUGAUGAACUUCCUUUCUUCCUCUUUCAUACCAUUCAGUGGGGGUAUAAAUUCUGAAGUACAAAACUUGCUUCAAAGACUAGAACAAUUUGUUAAGGAAAAGGAUAUUCUUGGUCUGAAAGAAGGUGUUUCUGGGGCUUUAUGGAUUGGAAAAACUACAACAUCAGUAGUUGAUCAAUCUACAAUAUAUGGUAGAGAUGGUGACGUUGAAAAACUUAAGAAGUAUUUGCUGUCGGAUGAUGUUUGUAACGAUCAUGUGGAAGUGAUUACUAUUGUGGGCAUGGGAGGGCUAGGGAAAACGACACUUGCUCAACUCCUUUACAAUGACAUAGAAGUGAAGGAGCACUUUAAUUUGAAUGCUUGGAGCUGUGUAACGAAGGAUUUUGAUGUGAUCAAGACGACUAAAACGCUACUUGAAUCUGUUAAUUCAAAAGCAGUUACCACUAAUAAUCUUGAUGCUCUACAAGUUGAACUGCAACAAAGUUUACAUGGAAGGAAGUUCUUGUUUGUAUUAGAUGAUUUGUGGGAAACCUAUAAUGAUUGGAAUAGACUAAAAGCCAUUCUUAAGUGUGGGGAUGUGGGAAGUAAGGUAAUCAUCACUACUCGUCAGGAAAAUGUUGCCUUGGCCAUGCAUACCUUUCCCAUUCACAAUAUGAUGCCACUUUCAAACCAAGAUUGUUGGGAUAUAGCUGCUAAACAUGCUUUUGGAUCCAACCAAUCCAACAAAGAUCCAAAACUUGAAAAGAUUGGCAGGGAAAUCGCAGCCAAAUGUAAUGGAUUAUCCCUAGCUGCUGAGGCUCUUGGAGGUCUUCUUCGAAUCAAAUUAUCCCACAAAGAUUGGAAUAAAAUUUUAAAAAGCAACAUCUGGGAUUUGCCUGGCAAUAAGGUACUUCCACCCUUACUAUUGAGCUAUCACUAUUUGCCUGUUCCGUUGAAAGGAUGCUUUGCCUUUUGUUCAAUUUUUCCUAAGAAUUAUGAAUUACAUAAGGAGACGGUAGUUAGACUGUGGAUGGCAGAAGGAUUAAUUCAGUUCAACAGAAAUAAAAGUUUGGAAGAGACAGGUGACGAAUACUUUGAUGAACUGGUAUCAAGGUCAUUGAUUCAAAAAAGCACUACAUAUUACCAAUACAAGUUCAAAAUGCAUGAUCUCAUCAAUGAUUUGGCCACAGUUGUAUCAGGCAAGUAUUGUUAUUUAUUGGUAUGAAGAUCCAAAACCAAGUGAGUGUCUUGAUAAAGUUCGCCAUGUGUCUUACA